GAUCAUCGAUCAUCAUCAUGGUAUCACGAGAGCUGGGAUGGCCCAAGAACCUUCAACGUAUACUAGUAGCUUCUGUUCAAAUAUGGGAUAGUUAGCCCAGCUGGUACAGUGCUAUUAUCAUCCCUCAAACCACGAUGUCUGCACCAUCGUUGCCCGCACCUCGUCGAAUCGUAACCACUCACAAUGAGCAAGGCCAAGCCGUCAUACAGACAGACGACAACGUUCCCUCUGAGUCAAUGGCAGGUCUCGAGCAUCUUCGGACGGGCACCUUUUGGGUCACAUCUGAUGGUCUUCCCACAAAAGAUAACAAUAAUAAUGAGGACGGUGCCCGCCGGAAGGUUGGUGGCUUAGGCCUUGUCCAGCCAAAAGGAACAAACUUCAAAUACACUGAUCUGGGUCCUGGCGCUACAACUCCAAUGCAUCGCACCACUUCUGUGGAUUAUAACAUUUUAAGCAAGGUGAACUCAUCCUAAU